AUGCCGGGCGUGGCGUCAGAUUCCGGCGAAUUCAGCUCCCUCUCCAUCGUCCCGCACUCAGUGAACGAGCAGGAACCGAGGGUUUACCCUCUGCGGACCCGCGGGGUCGCUUCCCCACCCGCACGCCUCUCCAUCUCGUGGGCCCGUGGCAACAAGCUCCGUGUUUCACUACUCCAGCAACCGGAGGGCUUCGUUGAUAAUCCCGGUGGUGAAGUUGUGGAAGUGAAGCUCAGCAACGCGGAUGGAGGAGAAAUUCCCGACCCACAGUGGCGGAGGAUCGCGUACGGCUCGGUCGGACCCUUCGCGCUUCUUCAAAGCCGAAAGAAUUCGAUUGACUCAAUGCACUUCGAUAAAGACUGGUGGGAACAUGUGAUGGAGUACAGCAAGGAAAUAAGUUCUCUUCUUGAUAAUUCAAAGCCAUCUGUUUCUCCAAUGUUUGAAGACUCCAAAACCGUACUGAAGAAAUGUGAGGAGCCGACCUCUCUCAAAGCUGCGUGGGAACUGAUGGAAAUAUUUUAUGCAGACAAGCAAUCUCAGACUUGGAUCACCGAACGUCUUCUAGAUUGGUUAGCUGAUUUUGAUUGCCUUUUCUCAACAAGCCAAUCAACUGUAUACGCGAAACUUGUGGCUUUCCAAGAAAAUCUUGUCACUAUCCAGGCAGUUGAGAAUGAUCCAGAAUAUUGGGAAGUUCUGUCAUCAGCCUUAGCUGUAGGCUGGCUUGAUGUUGUUGUAAAACUAUUGCGCUUGCAUGGAUCUUAUUUAUUUGAUCAGCUAGGAACCCGCGAGAUAGAAAAUGGACUUGUGGAAGCAGUUGCUCUUCUCAUAUCACAGAUGCCCCGUUUACGGCCUGAUCUUCCGGAAGAAAAACUAGGAGAAUGCUACCUUACCAGACCGGAGUUUAUGAAGGCAUGGGAGAAAUGGCGAGGUCAAAUUACAAAAUUGGACUGCAGUGCAUUCUGGCUUCAAUGUGAUCACGAGGAAACUCGACUUGGACUGAAAAAUAUGCUUCAGGUCAUGUCGGGAAAUGCUAGUGUCCUCCCCAAAGUUACGUACCAUUGGAUAGAACUUUACAUUUCCCACUUUUUGUACAUCAGGCCCUUCACCGUGGGUUUAGAAAGUAUGUAUAGCCUAGCUCAGAAGUGCAUGCACUUGAAACCUACUACAAGUCGUCACAAGCUGAUGGGAUUAUUAGUUGGGAUUCUAGAAGAAAAUACGGAGGUUGUUCUAGCUGAAUGCUCGAGAUCAUUUGGCCCCUGGAUGAUAACUCAUGCUAUAGAGCUGUUGGCAGCUGGGAGUACUCAAGCAGAAACACUUUUACAUGAACAACGACAAAAAAUGGGUGGAAUCUGCAUGGAAGAACUUUACCGUUUGGUUUAUGCUCAGAUUCUGUCCUCUCAUGCCUUCACAUGGAAUAUUGCUCCAAUAUAUUUGACAUCAUGUAUGAAACAAGGACUGGGCUUGCUGGAGAAUUUAUUAUACAAGCAGCCUGUGCAAUAUCAUCAAGUUCUACUAAAGAGCAUAGAGAUUUGCCGUCUCAAUGAACUUGAUUUCCUUAGUUCCAAUUUGAUGAAGAUCGCCGGUGUACAUUACUGGAAACAUGGGAAAAAAGGUUCAGCUGUUUUCUGGCUUCAGCAAGCUCGGGAUGAGGUCCGCUUAAACAGAAUCGCCAAGCAGUUAUAUAAUUUUGUUGGAAAAUCAGUUUCUGAUGAAAGUUUCAAGCUGUGGGAAGGAAUGAUCGAAUUAUUAGGGAAUGAAUCGAGAACUGCUGGUGGACUUGAGUUCCUGAUAAAGUAUGCAAUCCUUCAAAAUUAUUUGAAAAAUACCUCUGGUUUACGACUUAUUGGUAUAUUUUUUUAUUUUUUAUUUUCCUUGUGGCAGCUUAUGAGAAACCCUUCUACACCCCAGCAGUUUUGGCUACCUCUCUUAUACGACUCGUUGAAAUUGCUCGAUUGGCACGAACGACCCUUGUUUGAUGUUUCACAGACCAACUUGUUGCUGAACAAAUUACAAGAAUUAUCCCUUGUAAAAUUGCUGCCGGGCUUCAUUGACCCCGGGCUGCAGCCCGAGGCCCUGAAGUCCGUCCGGCUGGCCCUCGCCACAAACCUCGGGCGAGCCAUUCUAGACGAGUGA